UAUCAAGAUAAAAACUGUUGCAUGUGGAGACGGCAAGUUAUAGCGCUAUCGAUAGUUUGACAACUACAGUCCUUUUCUAAAUUGUUUAUUUCUUGGAUGGAAUGAAACCAAGCUUCCCUUCUACCUUUACAUCUACUUCUGAAACAACCAGCAUAUCGGGAAUUUUAUUUGAAUAAAUAAGGACUGGAAAUUUAGUUGGACUGUUUCACGUUGUGAUCGGGUAGAAAAUAUAAACAAAAAAAUGCAUAUCAAACAGAUUAUAAUCCAAGGUUUCAAAAGCUAUAAGGACCAAACUGUAGUUGAACCCUUUGACAAAAGGCACAAUGUUGUCGUGGGCAGGAACGGUUCAGGAAAGAGCAAUUUCUUCUAUGAUAGACAAGGAAGAAAUAUAUCUACGAAGAGUUAUUGGGUCCAAAAAAGAUCAAUACUUUUUAAACAAAAAAGUAGUUCCAAGAACUGAAGUUGUUAACUUGCUCGAAUCGGCUGGAUUUUCAAACUCUAAUCCGUACUAUAUUGUGAAGCAAGGAAAAAUCAAUCAAAUGGCUACAGCUGCAGAUUCUUACAGAUUAAAAUUAUUACGCGAAGUGGCUGGAACUCGCGUUUAUGAUGAGAGGAAAGAGGAAUCACUCAAUAUUUUACGUGAAACCGAAGGAAAACUCGAAAAGAUAUCGGAGUAUUUGAGAACUAUAGAAGAUCGUUUGAAAACUUUAGAAGAAGAAAAGGAAGAGCUUAAAGAAUAUCAAAAAUGGGAUAAAGCAAGGCGAAUGCUAGAGUACAUAAUACACGAAACUGAAUUAAAGGAGACCAAAAAAGCACUAGAUGAUUUGAAUGAACAGAAAAAAUCGUCUGUUGAUAAGAAAAAGGUCUACAAUUUAGAAAUCCAGAAGGCUCAAGAAAACAUAAAAGACGUGCAAAAACGACUAAAGGACGCUAAAAAAGAUGUUGUUUCAACGAAGGAGGAGCGGUCCGUACUGUUGACAGAGCAACAACAACUUUUGCGUGAAAAAACAAAGCUUGACCUCAUAAUAGUUGAUCUUAAUGAUGAAGUUCAAGGUGACAACAAAUCAAAGGAAAGGGCAGACCUUGAGUUAAAAAAAUUAAAAAUAACCAUUGCUGAAAAGGAAAGGGAGUUGGACGAAGUUAAACCAAAAUACGAAGCUAUGAAGCGCAAAGAAGAAGAAUGUUCACGAGAGCUCGCCUUGAAAGAACAAAAAAGGAAUGAGUUGUACGCGAAGCAGGGGCGAGGAUCGCAAUUUUCGUCACGUGAGGAAAGAGACAAAUGGAUACUAAAUGAAUUAAAGUCUCUAAGUAAACAAAUACGAGACAAAAUAAACCAUAACACAAAAUUAGUCGAAGAUUUGAAAAAGGAUAGUAACGCUGAAGCUGAUCUUAAUCGCAAAAUUGAAGAGCACUCGAACGAGCUAGAGCAGUUAAGGCUUCAAAUUGACGAGCACAAUAAAAAGUACUACGAAUUGAAGAAGACAAAAGACCAAUAUCAAGCAAUGAGAAAUGAAUUGUGGCGCAAGGAAACACAAAUGACACAGCAACUGCAAACGCACAAGGAGGAACUUUCGAAAACAGACCAGGCGCUUAGAAGUAUGGCUGGGAAGCCUAUAUUAAAUGGUCGAGAUUCCGUUCGCAAAGUUUUGGAUAAUUUUUUUGAGCGUGGCAGUCCUUUUGCGGAAAUAGCCAAAUCGUACUACGGCCCAGUUAUUGAAAACUUCAGUUGCGAUAAGACAAUAUAUACAGCUGUAGAAGUUACCGCUGGAAAUAGAUUAUUCCAUCAUAUUGUUGAGUCCGACAAAGUAGGCACGCAAAUUUUAAAAGAAAUGAAUAAACUUAAACUUCCAGGAGAAGUUACAUUUAUGCCCCUUAAUCGUUUACAGGUGAAGAUACAUGAUUACCCUGACGAUCCAGAUUCUAUUCCAAUGCUCUCAAAACUCAAAUAUGAUGAACAGCAUGACAAAGCAUUAAGGUAUAUAUUUGGGAAAACUCUGAUAUGUAGAAAUUUGGAAAGGGCGACAGAGUUGGCUAAAAGUACUGGGUUAGAUUGUGUUACUUUAGAUGGCGAUCAAGUGUCGUCGAAAGGGUCUUUAACAGGUGGCUAUUUCAAUACGUCUAGAUCACGACUAGAAAUACAAAAGAAACGUACUGAAUACACUCAGCAAAAUCGUGAUUUCGAAAAGGAGCUUGGCAAACUACGAAACGAGAUUAAACAAACCGAAAAUAGUAUUAAUUCAGUUGUUUCGGAUAUUCAGAAAACUGAAACAAAACAAGGAAAGACGAAAGACAUUUUUGAAAAACUUCAAGGAGAAAUUCGUCUAAUGAAAGAAGAAUUAUUAAGAAUUGAGAAAUAUAGAUCAACGAGGGAAAGAUCUGCUACUCAAUGCAAAGCAAGUUUAGAAGCGAUGAAUAGCACCAAGGCUGGAUUGGAAGCAGAGCUAAAUCAAGAAUUGUUAUCCAGUUUAUCGGUACAGGACCAACGAGAAAUAGAUCAGCUUAAUGAAGACAUAAGGAAGUUGAAUCAAGAGAACAAAGAAGCAUUCACUCAAAGAAUGCAAUUAGAAGUUGUAAAAAAUAAACUUGAUAAUCUCUUAACCAACAAUCUUUUUCGAAGGCGAGAUGAAUUGAUUACAGCGCUUCAAGAAAUAUCUGUCGAAGAUCGAAAACGUAAACUUUUGAAUUGUAAAAACGAUCUUAUAUCUACGGAAAAGAGAAUAAAAAAGGUCAAUCUUGAUUUGGAGGACAUUGAAAAAAGGGUUCAACAAGCAGUUCAUCUGCAAAAGACAUUACAGCAUGAAUUAGAGAACUGGAUGCGAAAAGAAAAAGAAGCAGAAGAAAAAAUUAAUGAAGACUCUAAAAAAGUGGAGAAAUGGGCAUCAAAAGAAAUUUUACUUAAUCAAAAACUGGACGAAUGUGCUGAAAAAAUUGCUAGCUUAGGUGCUCUACCACAGGUUGAUGGAGUUUAUAGUAAAAUGUCAUUAAAAUCACUUUUUAAGGAGCUUGAAAAAGCGAAUCAACAUCUUAAAAAGUAUAAUCACGUAAACAAGAAAGCUUUGGAUCAGUUUCUCAGUUUUUCUGAACAAAAAGAAAAGUUGUAUAAACGAAAAGAUGAAUUAGAUGUGGGAGAUCAAAAGAUUCGGGAACUAAUGAAGACUCUUGAAAUGCAAAAGGUUGAGGCCAUACAAUUUACUUUUAAGCAAGUUGCACAGAAUUUCACCAAAGUAUUUAAAAAACUUGUACCACAAGGUGCCGGCUAUUUAAUACUUAAAACAAAGGACAGUGAAGAUGAGAAAGAUGACAAAGAGGUGGCCAAUUCUGACGCGUUUACUGGAAUUGGUAUUCGCGUAUCCUUUACAGGAGUUGAUGCAGAAAUGCGAGAAAUGAAUCAGUUAUCUGGAGGCCAAAAAUCUUUGGUUGCGCUGGCAUUGAUUUUCGCAAUUCAAAAAUGUGAUCCAGCGCCCUUUUAUUUGUUCGAUGAAAUUGAUCAGGCGGACUGAAAUGAAUGAGGUAAACUCGAACUCUCUGCCCCCUCUCAUCCACACAAAGCCGGUUUUAGGCGGACUGCAGCGGUCCAGUGUGCGGAGGCCCAAUGACCUACAUACAUUCGACGCGGUUUUGAGUUGGUUUUGGUUGAAAUGGUUAACCCGCCGUCAACGAACAUAUUUUUUGUCACACCGUGAAUGAACUGGGUGUGUAACACCCGAAGAAAAAUAUAUGUGUAUAUAAAAAUACAACUACAGUUGAGCGAAUUUUUGUAUGUUGUUUAUUGUGUUGAUAAUAUUUGUGUUGAAAAAUAAAAAAUAAAAAAUAAAAAAGCGUAUUCAGUUAAUUUGA